AUGGCGUCUCCGGCGGUGUCCGUGGUCUGCGUGGGCAUGGCAGGCUCCGGAAAGACCACUUUCAUGCAAAGAAUCAACUCGCACCUUCACUCGAAGAAGACAGUCCCUUACGUGAUGAACCUCGACCCUGCGGUGCACUCAGUUCCCUUCGAAAGUAACAUCGAUAUCCGAGAUUCGAUCAACUACAAGGAAGUGAUGAAGCAGUACAAUCUCGGCCCCAACGGAGGAAUUCUGACAUCCCUGAACCUUUUCGCAACCAAAGUCGACCAAAUCAUUGCCCUUCUUGAAAAGCGCACGGCACCGAACCCUGAGAACCCCGCUGCGAAGCCAAUCGAACACAUUCUGGUCGACACUCCCGGCCAGAUCGAGGUGUUCGUAUGGAGUGCCUCGGGCAGUAUCUUCUUGGAGACUCUGGCUUCAUCUUUCCCGACUGUCAUCGCAUACAUCAUCGAUACCCCUCGCGCCAGCUCGACCAGCACAUUCAUGAGCAACAUGUUGUAUGCAUGCAGUAUUCUUUACAAGACAAAGCUCCCAAUGAUUCUAGUCUUCAAUAAGACUGAUGUUAAGGAUGCUGAGUUUGCUAAGGAAUGGAUGACCGACUUUGAUAAGUUCCAGGCCGCCCUGCGCGAAGAGGAGGAAGCCGGCGCCUUUGGUGGUGAGGGUGGCGCCGGUGGCUUCGGCGCUGGCAGUGGAUACAUGGGCUCUCUUCUGAACAGCAUGAGUUUGAUGCUGGAGGAGUUCUAUCGGCACUUGAGUGUCGUUAGUGUAAGCUCCAUGACUGGUGAUGGUGUCGACGAGUUCUUCGAGGCCGUUGAGACGAAGCGCCAGGAAUUCGAGCGCGAUUAUAAACCUGAGCUUGAGCGGAAGAGGCAGGAGCGUGAAGAACAAAAGUCCUCCCAGCGCGAACUGGAGCUAGGCAAGCUUAUGAAGGACAUGAGUGUCUCUGGAUCAGCGCGUAAAGAACGCAAGGGCCCUGAGACCGGGCCAGAGACUGUCAGCGAGGCCGAGGAUGAGGAGGAAGAUGAGAUUAUCAAGCGAGGCCUGGCUGAUGGGGAAGACUUCAGUGAUGGUGAUUACGACUACGAUUACAGACCCAGUGCAGGCGAUGAUGAAGGCCUGUCUGAGCGGUACAAGCAGGCUCUGUCGGGCUCUCAGGGUGUUCCAUCUGAGGCAGACAGUAGCUUCGCGAGAUACCUGCGGGCGAGCAAUAUUAAUCAAUGA